GAGAGAGAGAAAGAGAGAGGGGGUAGAGAGAGGAACACAUUUUCAUCCAGACCUCUGUUUUUUCCACAGCCUAUCUCCGCUCCGUGGCUCGGCGCUACUCCCUAUUGUUUAAACUGUUCUCUGAGCGCAUCUAGUGAGUCAUUUUGUCUUUUUUCGCGUUUUGAUCUGAUGCUCGGUUUCCGGCGCUCUGAAUGCUGCAUCCAUUGUCAACUUCUCCCGAUUUCUCCACUUAAGACUUGCGCUGCAUCAUGAAUAGUUUGGGGGCACCUUUCAAUCGCAUACCUCUGGAAUGGUGGGGAUUACACAGCCGAGACCCGGAGAGCAUGUAAACGCAGAUGGAGUUUGGGAUUUAUUGCAAAAUAAGGGAAAGAUGACCGCCUUCUCAUUGUGCUUGCUCUUGUGCGCGGAUCUACUGGAUUUAGCCGUCGGAUAUUUGACAGUCACCAUAGAACCUCUGCCUCCUGUCGUCGUGGGCGAAACCGUCACUCUCAAGUGUAACUUCAAAACCGACGGAAGGCUUCGAGAGAUUGUUUGGUACAAGGUCACAGAAGGAGGUACCAUCAAGCAGAAAAUAUUCACCUACGAUGCAAUGUUUAAUACAAAUUACUCUCACAUGGAGGAUUACCGCAGACGUGAAGACCUUGUCUAUCAAUCAACUGUCCGGCUGCCAGAGGUGCGGAUCUCAGACAACGGGCCUUACGAAUGCCACGUGGGCAUCUAUGACCGGGCAACGAGGGAGAAGGUUGUCCUGGCUUCAGGGAAUGUUUUUCUUACGGUUAUGUCGCCUCCAAACAACAUUUCAGUGGUGGCAGAGAACACUCCGGCCCCUUUCAGUCGAUACCAAGCCCAGAAUCUCACUCUUGUCUGCACUGCAAAGGGAGGGAAACCAGCCCCAUCGGUGUACUUUAAGCGCGAUGGCGAGUUGAUAGAGGUGAUCUCUUACACGCAACCCUCCGGCAACGAGCAGGGCGGCGGCUCGGCGGGGGUGAGAGGAGCCAGACCCCUCAUCAGCAGGGACCUCGAUGACACUAAGCUCCAGCGGUCCCUCUCCCUCCUGGACCCCGAAGGGCGGCCGGCCCACCUGUACACGGAGAGCCCCCAGCGUGUCCACACUCAGGGCCAACAGGCCUACGAGCCCAGCCCCGCAACGGAGGUCAUCCCAGAGACAGUGGUGAGCAGGGAGUUCCCCCGCUGGGUACACAGCACGGACCCCCUCUACUACUUCAGUCACACUCACAUCCCGCAGAGCGACGGCUCUGUGGUGGUGCAGGCCCGACUCACCUGGACCCUCAACCCUCAACUUGAUAAUGACGCCCUAUUCAGCUGUGAAGUCAAGCACCCGGCACUGUCCAUGCCCAUGCAGACAGAGGUCACUCUAUCUGCUCCUAAGGGUCCUAAGCUCUUUAUGACUCCCAGUAGGGCAAAGGUAGGGGACACAGUGCGCAUCACUGUGCAAGGGUUCCAGGUAAGACCGCCUGUGAAUGAGGUUUUCCCGGAGCCGCUCUUCACCUGGACGCGGGUGGGGGGUCGCCUGUUGGAUGGCAGCGCUGAGCGAGAGGGGAAGGAGCUGAUUCUGGAGAGAGUGCCAGCCGAGCUUAACGGAUCCAUGUAUCGCUGCACGGCCCAGAAUCCUCUGGGCUCCACAGAUACACACACUCGCCUCAUAGUCUUUGAAAAUCCAAGCAUGAUGAAAAACACACAGAGUCAGAACAAUGAAGCCUCCCGCACGGACGUGCUCGGACUGACGUGGAUGGCACUUGUCCUCACAGUGACAGUGGAACUGACGUGAAACCUCUCAUCCAAGACACUCUCACUCGCACAUAUACUCGCCCUCCUUGCUCAACAUCCACACACACACACACACACACACACACACACACACACACACACACACACCUACCUUACACAGUCCCUCAAGCCUUCUCCCGUCAUCAACAGACCCUUCAUACGUCAGUCAAUCAGGAAACAGUGCCAGCACACGAUGGCGCUUCACUGUUUUUGUAACAAAAUAAUAACCGAGAUAAUGAUAUCAAAAAAAACAAAACAACAACAACAACGUGAUGGACAGUAACCAACCCGUAUAUAGCCCUGCCCAGCUACACCUUUUUUUUUUUUCGUUUCUUGUCCCUCGUCUGCCUGUUGAUCAAUAAAAUCGGUUGAUUUGAAACGGAAAAGAAAAAAGCAGUUGGAUUUUAUUUCGAUGAGUCAAAAUGUCAUUGGUGUUGACUGAAAUGUGAAAAAGUGAAACUGGCUUAGACUGUGACACCCUUUCGACCCGUCUGUGUAACAUGUCCUGGGAUGCAACCGAUUAGCAACGCGCUGACAAACUACGGGAGAACAAAUACGGAUGCUCCAAGAGAACCUGCUUUUUUUUAGAAAACAAAAAAAAAUUACUGCACCAGUUUCUUUUUUUUUUCCUGAUGGCUUGGAAUGUACAAGAGGAUUUAAAUGCAGAGAAACUAGAAAAAAAAAUCUCAUUUUUGAGUGUAUUUUGUGUACAUCAGUGUAAAUACUGAAAAAUAAUUAAAGACGUUAUAUGGGUUGUGGUGAGGGAUGGUUGCGGAGUUAGUUGGAGUUUACACUUCUUCACCCUUGUUUGUACUUCAUACAACACUGUUUUCAGAGAAUAUUCUUGGACAGAAACACCCUUUCUGAUUGGAUUUGAGCUUUUUAGAUCUCUACAACAGGUCUCCAAGGACAGAGUGAAAAAAAAAACAAAAAAAAAUCCAACAUAUGUCUGCUGUUUUGGGGGUUGUGGUGCAUGUGACGUUUGAAGAUUCUUUCUCUUUUGGUGUGUUGCAAUUGACAGCACUGCAACUCAUUGUCACUGGCCUGUAAUCCAGUUAUUUACUUGUGACAUACUAUCUUAAGUGACCUACAUUGUGUACUCUUACCCAGACAUUUACGGUACUAGUAGGAUCAUCAGUUUUAGCCGCCAUUCCAGGGAGGAGCUCACCUGAGGCAGCUUGUGUAAACAGGGUUGUUGCAUUUGUUUCAUUUCACCUGUAUUAAAAUGGAGAGAUGAUAAAACCUCA